GGAAGAAUUCCUGACGCUGUAGUCAGCCUGCUGUGGAACUCCUCAGAGAUGCAGCUAUCUGUAACUCAUCCUUGCUGCAGGACCCUGAUUCUGCUCCUGGUGUCUAACCUGCUUCUGUGGGAAAGUGAGGCCGUGCUGCCCAUAUGCUCAGUAAGGAAUGGACGCUGCUUUGGUUCCUUUGAAGAACUGCUUGAAAGAGCUGUCAGUUUGUCUGAAGAGAUAAGUAAAAAAGCCUUUGAACUCUUCACUGCAUUUGAUAGUCAGUAUGCCCAGAGCCACCAGCUCAUUGUCAAGAGCCUCAAAAAAUGUCACACAUCUUCUCUCGACCUUCCAAAACCAGGGAGUCAAGCCAUGCAGACACAUCCUGUAACCCUACUGAAAUUAGCAAGCAAAUUAUUGAGAGCCUGGCAAGUCCCUCUGAACCAUCUAGUGAACAACCUGCCAUCCUUGAAAAACGUCUCUCCUUCUAUCCUCUCUAAAGCCAAAGAGAUUGAGGAAAAGAGCAAUGGACUCCUGGAGGGAGUUAAGAGCAUUCUCAUCCAAAUGCAAAAUGGAGAUACAGAAGAUGAGAACUACCCUGGCUGGUCUGGACUGGCAUCCUUGAAGUCAGAGACUGAAGAUAUUCGCCUCUUUGCAUAUUAUAACAUGAUCCGCUGUGAGGGCAGAGACACUCAGAAGGUUGAAACUGCUCUCAAGAUGGUGAAAUGCAAAAUUUCAAAUGAAAACAACUGCUAAGCCCUUUUCAUCAUAUCUUCGUCUGAGCCACUGCUUGAUGAUAUAUUGCUGUGAAACUUCCUUGAAUUUUUUUCUCUGUUAAAUGCAUGCCCAGUGGUGUUUAUCUUCUUUCACAAUAAAAAUUGACCCCAUGUA